CCUUUUUUUUUAUUUGGUACUCUCACACGCUCUCUCUUUAUCUCCUUAUCACCUGACAGCCUCUCCCUCACACUCACUCCCCCACCGUCUCUCUGUGCCUCUCUCUCCCCCCCUCUCCACCCCACCACACGUUAGAGUUGACUCACUGGGGGGACGAAACAGUGAGGGAAGGAACGCAAGGCUGUGAAAACUGUGAGUGUGUGAGCGAUUUCCCGUGACAGUGAUUGAAACUUUGUGGAAAUAGAGAGGGAAAAAUUGUUUGGAAAAUAUUGAUAUAGUGAGUUACCUUGUGCCAUUUAGAGAGAGAGAGAAAGACAGAGAGAGAGAGAGAGAGAAAGAAGGUUGUGGGUGUUUUUUUUUUUCAUUAUCUUGUGUGUUUGUGGUGAAAAGGAAGCAAUAAUAGUCAUAAUAAUAGUAAUAGUAACAAUAGACGUUAAGUGUGACGCAUUAUAUGAAUGAAGAAGGGAAAAAUAUACAUGUUGAAGAGACAGGGAGGAAAAACAAACUAAUUAGUGAAUACAUGAAUAGGUAAGCACGAAAUAUUAACGCCAAGGUUAUGAAGGAAAAAUGAAGUAAAUGAAAAAUAAGGUAAAAAAAAAAAUAGAAAAUAGAAAAGAGGAGAUAAGAAUACUGAAGACUAAAUAAAUAAGAAUAACAACACAAGAAGAAGAAGAAGAAAAAAAAGGAAGGAAGGAGAAGAAAGAAGAAAAGAAGAAAAUACAGAAAAAAGAAGAGGAAGAAGAAAAUACAUAAAUCACCAUUAUAAACCCAUUUUAUAUAUUUAGCCUCAGAAGAUCAAAUCCUUAUGAAUCAAGCCAAUAACCUGCUAAUCCCAAUUAACACUAACUAAAUUCUCUCACCUGGAAACAACAACGAUAAAGAAACAAAACAGAGAAAGAGCUAAACAUUUUUUUUUCAAGAGGAACAAAAGGAAAAAAAAAUUGUUUGUGGUGAUUUUUGUCCCUCUUGUCUGUUUCCUGGUUGGUGAGAAGAGAAGCUCGUUAUUGAAGCUUGUGGUUGAUGAAGAGAAGUGAUUGGUGAAGAGUGAAGCUUCUGGUGUGUGGAAAAAAAUUAAUCUUGUUUGUGGUGGUGUUUGUUGCUGUCUUCUCGUCUGUUUGCCUGUUUGUGGUUGGUGAAGCUUGUGGUUGGUGAAGCUUUUGGUUGGUGAGGCUUGUUAUUGGUGAAGCUCGUGGUUGGUGAAGAUAGUGAUUGGUGAUGCUUGUGAUUGGUGAAGCUUGUGAUUGGUGAAGCUUGAGUUGGUGAAGCUUGAAUCCGUGAAGCUUGUGAGUUGAAGAUUGAGUUGGUAAAGCCUGAAUUGGUGAAGCCUUGAGUCGGUGAAGCUCGUGGUUGGUGAAGAGAGUGAAGCUUCAGCCUGGCAGUAUUUGAAGCCUUGGAAUUUUCCGUAUUGGUCUGCCGUGCUGCCGAGUGUCUGCCUCCUUUCCUCUAGAGCGAGUCACUGAACCACUAAACCACUGAAUCACUGAAGCUUGUGACUUGCAUGACAGACGUGUUGCAUCUGUACUCCGUGAAGCCUUUGAAGCAGUGAAGCCUGACUCGUCGCCCACUCCAUCUGUGAAGCUUGCCUGGCCUUGAGAAACAUUGUAUUAUCUCCCACAUUAAGCUUAUUCACUCAAUACGCCUUUCCACUUGUGAAAUAUAUACGUAAAUGAAUGAAGCUUUAUCGAACUGCUGGUAUAUGAGCAGUGCAGCUUUAUGAAACGCUAAAAAUUGUCCCAAAAACUUAUUAAGCUUUCCAAAAUAUUUAAUCCUGAAGCUUUAUAAAAAUUAUCCUCAAAGUUUUACCAUUUCAAAUUUUAUGGACGUUAAGAAAAUAUAUAUAUUCUAAAAUAAUAAAUAAAAAGUAUAUGUAUUUAUGAACUCUUGCAGUGUCUGAAGCUUGCGUUCGAACGAGAGAGAACGAACGAACGAACGAACGAAGCAUUUGAAGCUCCUGGAAGCGACCUCAUUUAACCCUGCCUGUCUGUUAAGUCUGUGUCUGUCGGUUGAUCUGUCUGUCUGUCUGUCUGUCUAUCCCGGUAGAUAGGUAGUGGUGAUCGUAGAACCGUCACCGAACCACUCCUUUGAAUACUCCCCGCGGUGCCUCGAGCUUCGUAGUGAACCAGUGAACCACUCUAGUGAACCAUUCGUGCAAAUAAACACUCAAUACAAUAAUAAUAUAAUAAUUGUAACAGUAAACUGGAACAUCGUGGUAGUGAGUAGCUGUUUGAGUGUCUCCCUUCCCUUACUUUAUUACUUUUGUUACUUAAGUGGAAGAAAACACACACACAAAACACGUGACACUUUAGAAGACUUUAGACACUUGUAAGGGAAAAAAUAAAUUGAAUUACCUCUCAUUAUUUUCUAUUCAUAUUUUAUACAUAGCGAUCAAGGCACCUUAUGAAUGAACGCCUCUGAAAGCCUCCAAAAGUCAUAACGCCCCUAAGCUCUAAGUAACCCACCCACCCACACCACCACCCCAGUACCACCCCAGUAACUAGCAGCGUAUAGUCGACACUAGCACUAAGCAGUCUUAAGGUUACCCACUUGCCCACAUCCUCUCUGCCUCCAAAUGCCUCCUCGGAACACUAACCAAAAAGUAUCUAAACGCAUUGAAAAAGUAAAAUUAAGUGAAGAAUUCUUAAGAUAUAAAGUAGUUUAGGUCAGCCACGUUUAAAAAGAAUCUAAAUCCUUCACUAUUUGAUUCUUCGGCGUCUUUUUCGGGGUCGGCUUCCAUUUGACGUUGCGCGAGGUGUGAAUGAGAACCAAUACAAAAGGUUAGGAGGAAGAGAAGACUCGAUCCCUCCAGUAAUCUGUGUGAAAUACCUCAAGUCGCGGUGAACCUUUUACUAUCGAAAUUGGAGAGUUUGGAAGCCUCCUUACCUCGGCUCUCAGCGUCUCCACGACCAUUGGAAACCUAUUAGGACCCUCGAAACUGUCUCCCGCCCUCCUCGUGACGCUCAGAGCCCACUAUGUCCUGUAGAACUAUGCGUUUGACCCCCAGUGUUCCGCAGAGCCUCGCCCCGGAGCCCCCUCACACCAAGGCUUGUCUUCGCCGCCUCUCUCCUCGCAUUGACAACGAAGAUAAAGCCUCGCGUGCCCUCCUCCUCCUCCUCCUCCUCUUCCUCCUCUGCUUUGAACCUUGUCUUGAUGCCUCGCUAUGACUGCUGCUGCUCUUAAUAGGGUUCGAAUCGUCUCCUGACACGCCUUGAACGAAGCAGCGACUCACUUGAAGCCUUCACCAGUUGACAUCAUCAUUAUCAUCAGCGAUCAGCGGGGCGGUACAUUCAUCCGUCUGUCUGUUUGUCUGUCUGUCUGUCUGUCUGCCUGCCUCCGCUGCUGCUGCUGGUGAAGUGUGAAAGGAAGGAGAAAGGAGAAGAAACAAUAAUUAAGAGGGAUUAUCUCUUGACUCUUCACCAACACACACACACACACACACACACACACACACACCAGUUAUUAUUCUCUUCUCUCCUCUUCACACUCUUUCAUCACCUCUCACUUCCUCCUCCUCUUCCUCCUCCUCGUGUUCCUUUGACCGCGAUAUACAAGCUUUCCUUGCUCGCUUGCCAAUUUGUUGUUAUUGUUAAGGGUCUGAACCUAGAGAGAGAGAGAGAGAGAGAGAGAGAGAGAGAGAGAGAGAGAGAGAGAGAGAGAGAGAAAGGGGCGUCUCCUCUUACUACGAAACACAAAUAAGUAAGUUAGUUCCUGUUCCUCGUGGCGUCACCUUCUCUGCCUGUCCGUGCGUCACCAUCCUGCCCAGCGUGUGUUACCCUCCUGCAUUCCACCCUCCACCCUCCACCGCACCGUCAUCCACUUGGAGAUUGCUAGAUAACUCAUUCAUCCACCGCAGCUUGCCCGGCCGCCACUCAGAGCUUACCCACAAGGAAAGGACGCGUCAACUCAUCCACCGGUUGACUCAUCCACUGAUACAACCACUUGACUCCACCGUGAGACCACCCAGUCCAUACUCCAGGGGUUAUCCACCAAGGGAAGGAGGUGUGAAGUCAUCCACCAGCUCUCUUGGAUGUAAAUAAAGAGACUAUCCUCUGAAAGACACUUCAAUAUUCACUCCACUUGAAAACCUCCUUCCACCAACACUCAAGAGCUGAUCCACGAAGAGAAAAGGACUCUCAAUCCUUCCACUUCUCGUUCACACCUUCCACCUUGGCAGCUCAUUCCACUUAAGUGUAGAUCCCCACUCCACUACAUGAAGAGAGCUUAACUAACCCACUGCAGCAUAACGGAUUUAACGCUCUUUUUCCCUCACUCCAGCGAAUAUCAGUCGUUUGUAAUUAACCUGUCUUUACACUGCCAUCAAGGUGUCCACUCCAAAGUCCACCCAGAGAGCUUAUUCACCCUAUGGUAAGACUAAGACUCACUCCAGUACGGUAAAGCGCUCUCGUGUGUUCUCUUACCUACUACAUCUGUCAUUCCAGUAAGUGUGUGAUUGCAUUCCACUGUUUUGUCACGUUUCGCUGAUGCAAGGCUGGUCACGCCAUCACUGUCACUCCACUCUGAACUGAUCCACACACUGAAGGAAGAGAGAUAAGCAAAAGAAGAAAGAGAGGUAAGCAAAAGGACGAGAGAUAAGCAAGACAAGAGAUAUAUAAGACAUAGAGAGUUAAACAAGACAAGGAAGAGAUAAGCAACAAAAGGAAGAGAGAUAAGUAAGAGAAAAUAAGAUACAAAAAAGAGAAGACGAAGCAACAGGACUAAAACUUUGAAUUCAUGCACCAAUAGAAAGAGAGGAAGAGGAAAAAGAAGAAGAAGAAUAGCGUCAUUUCAAAUCAGUGUGGGGGAAGUUUUAGAAAGGUUCUGAUUCCAAUGAAAACUUCCACUUCCUACUCAGUGGAGGGGAAAUAAUAAGUUUAAAUCACCAAAAUUCAACCUUCAUCUGAAGUGGCCGCUCUUUAAAUAACUAGGCAGCUGAAAAAAGAAAAGAAAAAAUAAAGAAAAGAAAAUCAAAUGCAAAUAACCAGAAAAAAAAGAAGUUUGAAAUUACUUACCGAAAUUUAAAAAGCGAAAAUAAUGAAAGCAAGGAAAGAAAAGUCAGAAAAUACGCAACCAAACUUUUAGAAACUGGAACAAGUCAAAAAUAUUCGCCAAAAAUCCAUAGAAACACCGAAAAUAGAAAAAGAGUUAACCCGAUUGCAACACAGACUUAAAUUCCCUUUCCUCACGUGCAAGUUGGAAUCCCUUUGUCACGGGAAAGGCCUUGCUAAGUUCAUGAAUCCCUCUGCUGAUGCGCAACAACAAGUUUAGAUCCCACUUCGCGCACUCCAAACAAGACAGCCAGUACUCUGAGACGUGAGAGAGAGAGAGAGAGAGAGAGAGAGAGAGAGAGAGAGAGAGAGUUAGUGAGGAAUAAAGAUAACAAAACAGCAAUAAAGUGGAAUAAGAAAAAAAUAUAGUAAUAAAAAAGAAUUGAGAGAAUAGAAAAAUUUACAAGCAAAACAGCAAUAAAGUGGAAUAAGAAAGAAAGAAAAUAAUAAUAGAAAAUAAUUGAGUGUGGGAAUAGAAAAGUUACAACGAAGGUGAAUCAAACGAAAGUGCGCGAGGUGAAGAAAACGGAACGCGAGUGAACCAAGUGGAACACGUGCAACAAGUGGAACAGAAAGCAGGAGAGAGGCAGACCAUGGCGCGCUGGACCCACGGAACACACUACAAGGAACACGAGAAAGGAAACCCGCCCAGGCCAGCCCACCGCAACACUCGCCGCGCCGCCAUGUCACCUAACGCGUGGGUGGUGACGUGGGCGGUGGUGGGUUGGCUGCUGCUCACCAUCACCACCACCUUCGCCAUGUCAGACACCAUCACCGACCAAGAAGUGACGGUGAUAGUGGACGGGGUGGAAGGAGAAAGCGCAUCUGUGCCGUGUGACCUUUUCCCAACUGACCCCAAGGACAAGGUCAACCUCAUCCUAUGGUACAAGGACGACGCCAAGGAUCCCAUAUACAGCUAUGACGCGCGGCUGGCGGUCUUCGCGAGUGAGAGACACCACCUAAAAGAAAUGAAUCUGAAGGGACGGAUCUCCUUUACUCCUUCGCCAGGCCAGCCAAUACCGCACACCUUGACUCUCAGCAGACUUUCUGCCAGUGACGCAGGGACAUACUCUUGCCGUGUGGAUUUCAUGCGCGCCCAGUCCACCACCCGCGCCGCCAGGUUGAGGGUGGUGUCGCCCGUGGAAAGCCUCAUCAUCACUGACUCCGGCGGCGACCCUGUUUCUCCCAUACUGUCGCCCGUACCUGAAGGCGGCACACUGAACCUCACCUGUACUGCGCGUGGUGGUCGUCCUCAGCCCAAGGUGUCGUGGUGGCUUUCUGACUCUAUCAUUGACGACUCCUUCAGCAGUUCAGCGGGCGGCAGUGAGGGCGGCAGCGGAUCUGUGGUCUCCAACACUCUCAUUAUUAACCCACUGACUCGAGCCCACGCCCACUCUGUUCUCACAUGCAAGGCUGCCACCGCUCCCGUAGCAGUCACCACCACCAAAGUCACCAUAGACAUGUACCUACGCCCCUUGACAGUGGAGAUAACAGGAGCUGCCGUUGGGGGCUCAGUGCGCGCUGGUGACCUCCUUGACCUAUCCUGCACAGCUAAGGGCUCACGGCCACAGCCAGUCAUCUCCUGGUACAAGGGCGCCUCGCUCAUACAGACGCAGAACACACAAAGGAAGGAUGUGACGGGCGUGGGCGGCAUAAGCAGGGUCCGUGUGGCCGUGCAGAGGCGUGACAACGAGGCCCGCAUCACCUGCCGCGUCAGCAACCCACAGCUGCCGCUACACACACUGCAGGACCAUGUGGUGAUCAACGUGACGUUCACUCCUCAGGUGGAGCUCAGGGUUGGGUCACGUCUCGAGGGCACAGUGGUGAAGAAAGGCAAAAAUCUCUACCUCACUUGCCACGUGGACGCCAACCCGCCGCCUCACAAGCUUAUCUUUAUGCACCAGGGCGUGGAGGUGCGGCAGGACAAGACCGAACACGUUAUGGUGAAUGGAAAUAACUUGGUGCUGAAUAAGAUACGCAGGACGCAGGCUGGGGAGUACUCGUGCAAGGCUACCAACUCUGAAGGGACGGGCUCCAGUGUGCCUCUCAACAUUACUGUCCUUUACGCCCCAGUUUGCUCGGAAGUGAGAGACGUAUUGGGUGAACUGGGGUCUGUGGUGAGAGCCUCGUGUCAAGUCGAGGCAGCCCCGAUUUCACCCAUACAGUUCUCGUGGGUGUGGGUGACUCCUAGCUACUCUCGCCGUGUCGUCCCCGCCCUGGUCUCCUCCUCCGGCACGGCUUCCAGUGUCAAUUUCACGGUGCCGAGGGACAACGUGACAGAGCCUGGAGUGCCCGCGGAAAAGCUUGGGGUGUUGCAGUGCUGGGCUCAGAACUCAGUGGGGCGACAGGAGAAGCCGUGUGAAGUGGCCGUGAGAAAGCCAGCCCCUCCGUCGCCUCCUGUUAACUGCACGCUGGCGGAGACUGGGCCUGAUGUGGUGACGGUCAGCUGUCAGCCCGGCGACCCACUCUCAAUGACGGAGAGUUACCUGUUGCAAGUGUGCGGCGCCAAGAACAGGAAGCUUUGCCACAACAUCAGCAGCCCCGUGCCCAGGUUCGUGGUGCCUGGCUUGACCUACGGGCGUGACUAUGAGGUGUACGUGUCCUCCUCCACACGCUAUGGACACUCUCCCUUCAGACUUGUGGAAGCUUUCACGUUUAAGACAGCGGAGAACCGUAUGGCAGGCAGCGAGACGUCCCCGCCCUCCCUCUACACCAUCAUCAUGUUCGUGGGGGGCGUGGGUGCCAUCAUCGUCCUCGUCAUCAUCGUCAUUGCGUUGAUUCGCCUGAGGAUGCGCAGAUCGAGCCACAAAUGUACGCGCAGAUCCCUCACCUCCACCACCUCAGAGAUUCUUGAAAAGGAUGUGUCGUCAGAUAAGCGUCCCUCAGAGAGCAAGGGCGACUCUGCGUCAUCCAGCGACAACCACGUCAAGUCCGGCGCGGGUAACGGCGAGGGCGGCGGCGGGCGCGACACAGUGUCGGCGCGCGUGGGUGGCCGCGAGCCGGUGCCGCUUCAGCCCAUCAUCCGCCAGCCAUCGCGCCCCAUCAUCAAGGAGAACAACCGCUCCUCGGACAACGGCAAGGCGUCGCAGGGGCGCACGGUGCUGUUCGUGGAGCCGCCCAAGCCCGCGGCGGGCAUCCUGGUGAACAAGAACGAGGUGCCGCGCACCAGCCACGAGACGCUGUACCCCUCGCGCCGCAGCCUCAAGGGCCCCAACGGUGACGUGGGCCCGCACGGCUACAGCUCCCGCGGCUCUUACCCCGAGACGCUGCACACCCUGCACGUCUCCAGCCGCGGCUUUGACGCUUACGGAGACCGCGACCGCGACCCGCAUCUGUACCGAGACCGCGAGGUGCCGCUGGGCCGCUACCGCAGCGUGUCCGACGACCGCGGCCACGUCGGGGACCUGCUGGCGCCGCAGUACCUCUCCACUUCCUCCACCUCCCUGGGGCGCGACGGCCCCUACGGCUCUCCGCGGGGCCUGUUCCGCAUGCCCGGCACCUCGCCGCCCUACUGCUCCAGGGAGCUGGGCCGCGAACUGCCCCGGGACAGGGACCACCCCAGGGACCACCCCAGGGACCGCGACCUACACCGCGAACUCUCCCGCGAGCUGCCCCGGGAGCGUGACCUGCCGCGGGACAUUGGCAGGGACCGUGACUUGGGCAGGGAACGUGACUUGCCCCCCAAGCGAGACCUGCCGCCCCGGGACAGGGACCACCCCCGGGACAGAGACCUCGUGAGGGAGCGUGACCUGCCGCCGCGCGAGCGAGACCUUCCCCGGGAGCGUGACCUGCCCCGGGACAUACCCCGGGACCUUCCUCGCGAGCGGGACCACCUGCGGGACCACCCAAGAGAGCGAGACCUGGGACGUGAGCACCCGCGCGUGCGGGACCGGGAGCAUGGCCCCUUCGCGACGCGCAGCCUCAGCCACGAGUACGACCCGCUGCUGCCGCGCUCGCCCCCCUCCGCCUCCAUGAAGAAGUCCCCCAGCGUGAGCGCCUCCGUGGGCCGCCACUACGAGCCGCCGCCACGCCGCCAAGACGGCACUGUGUACCGCUCGCUGCCAAGACCCGGCAAGAUCCGCGACGCCGAGGACGACGCGCUGCUCAAGUACCGCUCGCUGGACCGCCGCUUCGACUUGCCCUUCAGCGGCUCCCUGCAGCGCGUGGAGCCCGAGGAGGUGGACGAGGGGGAGCGGCACCCCCCGCGCCGCUACAGCGCCUCCUCUAGGAUGCGGUUCGGGGACGAGAAGCACUUCCACGUGUACCACGAGAAGGAAAAGAGCAAGCCGCAGGAAGGCCUGGAGGACAUGGACGAGAGUUUUGUAUGAAAUGUUUUAUGAAAUAUAUGUUUUUAUUGGUGUA